UCCGCCGCUCACGCCGCCCGCCGCUGCUCCAGCGACUCCCGGCGGCUCCGGCGGCGGCGCAGUUCCCCUACCCGCGCUCCAGCCAGACGCACGGCUCGGGCACUUCCCACCGCGGCGCGGCUCCCCCGCCUCUCGGGCUCCCGCGGUGGCGCGGCUCAUGCCCCCGGGCGCAGGGCGCGCAGGUGGGCCGGCCGCCGCGGGGAGAUAGGCCCCCGGGGGGACGGCGGCGGGAUCAUGGCCCGGAGACCCGCGGCGCCGGCCGCCUAUGGAGAGGAAUUCACCUUCGUCAGCCCGCUGGUGAAAUACCUGCUCUUCUUCUUCAACAUGCUCUUCUGGGUGAUUUCCAUGGUGAUGGUGGCUGUGGGAGUCUACGCUCGGCUGAUGAAGCAUGCAGAAGCAGCCUUGGCCUGCCUGGCAGUGGACCCUGCUAUCCUGCUGAUCGUGGUGGGCAUUCUCAUGUUCUUGCUCACCUUCUGCGGCUGCAUUGGAUCCCUCCGUGAGAACAUCUGCCUCCUACAGACGUUCUCACUCUGCCUCACCAUCGUGUUCCUGCUACAGCUGGCUGCAGGGAUCCUGGGCUUCGUCUUCUCAGACAAGGCACGAGGGAAAGUGAGUGAGAUCAUCAAUAAUGCCAUCGUGCACUACCGAGAUGACUUGGACCUACAGAACCUCAUUGAUUUUGGCCAGAAGAAGUUUAGUUGCUGUGGAGGGAAUUCCUAUAAGGACUGGUCGCAGAACAUGUACUUCAACUGUUCGGAAGACAACCCCAGCCGUGAGCGCUGCUCUGUGCCUUACUCCUGCUGCUUGCCCACCCCCAACCAGGCAGUGAUCAACACCAUGUGUGGCCAAGGUAUGCAGGCCUUUGACUACUUGGAAGCUGGUAAAGUCAUCUAUACCAAUGGCUGUAUUGACAAAUUGGUCAACUGGAUACACAGCAACCUCUUCCUUCUUGGUGGUGUAGCACUGGGCCUGGCCAUCCCUCAGCUGGUAGGAAUCCUGCUGUCCCAGAUCCUUGUGAAUCAGAUCAAAGAUCAGAUCAAGCUACAGCUCUACAACCAGCAGCACCGAGCCGACCCAUGGUACUGAGAAUCCACCCUGCACCUCCUCACAAUGGCAACUGGGAGUUUCAUCAACCAACAGCAGUGGGUAUAGCUCUCAUCACCAGAUGGAGACUUGGACUCCAGUCCCCCAGCGACAGCCCAGUGGAAAGAAGCCAACUCCAGCUGGGCAGAAGGCAGGGUGCAUAGGUGGCUCGAGUCUAGGAAAAAUGCACCUCCUCUUUCCCCCAUUCUUAGCCCUCACCGCGGCUAGAGUUAUUUUGUAUUCUUUUUAACCUGACACAUUUGGGUUUAUGGUUCUUUUGUUUUGUUUUUUAAGUGUCAUCUGGGCAGAGAUGUUUGGGAAACAGCAGUUGCACAGUCCUGGGGGUACUAGGUGCUGCUUUACACGGAGGCACUUGGGCCGCUACUGACCCUGCUGGACGUUUUUGAUUCCAUCUGUCGACAGCAAGACCUGGGUGGAGAGUGGCACUAGCAGCCCUACUUGGAGUCCAGUUGGCAUAAUACCAGCUCCAGAGGGGAAGGGAGUGGAACAGGCAGUGAGCUUGGGGUCGGCUGGGGACAGUUGUAUGUGUUGGGUAGGAGUGCAAGGCGAUAUGUUUACUAAAUGCUGCCCUGCCAUCCUCCCAGGUAGUCGGAGUGAGCUACAUCCUGCCCCUCCCUCAUCUCCAUGGAAACAUGGCAGCAAGGGCAAGGGGUACAACAGCAGCCAAAUUCAUCCCUCUCCCCCACUCCACCUCGUUUUAGCUUUGGAACCAUGGUCUUUAUAUUCUGCAGCCAGCAGAGGUGGGACCGAGCCAUUUGUGCCCUUGAGUUCCUCUCAUCUGGCCCUCCCUCUCCAGCAAGUGGGGUUUCUGUAACCUUGGCAGUGCUGAGGCUAGGUAAUCCUUCGCCUACCCCGCUUCUCGGCCCCGCCCCACCAUUCCCCUGCCCCAGAACUCAGUAUUUCUACUGUGUAAAAAGCAGGGACCUUGCUGGGGCAGGGGGAGCCAGAAGUGGCAAUAAAAGUUUGUUGACCUGGGCUAAA